AUGGUGAAGUUGUUUCUAUGGAAGGCAGCAAAUGAGCUCCUUCCAACAAAAAAGAACCUUUUUCAGAGAAAGGUUGUUGAGGACCCCCUAUGUCCAAUUUGUUUUAAAGAGGAAGAGUCAGUUAUUCACAUGCUGUGGGAGUGUCCAACAGCUAACGAUGUUUGGGCAAAUGGCUUGAGUGGAGUUACUAAGUGGAAAAGGGAAGGUGGAGAUUUUCUGGGUUUGUGGGAGAGGUUGAUGGGAGGUUUGGAUAAAUCUAAACUUGAGGAGAUAGCUGUCCAGCUAAGGAAAGUAUGGUUGAGAAGCAACACUUUAGUGUUUGAUAAGAGACUCACAUGCCCAAAAAUGUUGAUAUCAACAUCAAUUGAGUCACUGAAGGAUUUCAAACAAGCAAACAGUUUGGUCAACAGUAACAAUGAAAUUCAGCAGAGUGAACUUUCAGUAAACAUGACUAGGUGGAUUCGACCUGCAACAAAUUUUGUAAAGGUAAAUUGGGAUGUACCGUUGGAUGUAAAGGAGAGGAAAAUGGGGAUGGGGGUGAUAAUUAUAGAUGAAAAUGGAGAGGCUUUGCUUGCAGCCUGUGAUAGCAGAAGGAAUGUUUUAUCAGUAGAGAUUGCAGAGUGUCAAGCUUUAUGGAGGGCUAUGCAGCUGUGCAAUGAUCUCAAUAUCCAUAAUGCUAUCUUUGAAGGGGAUGCCAAGACUGUCAUAAUGGAAGUUAAGGGUGAUGAAGAAAAUUUUUCUUACUUUGGUUCUUUAAUUGAUGAUAUUAGGAAUGUAUUGAGUUUUAGGAUGAGCUGGUCUUUUCAAUUUGAUUACAGACAAAAGAAUAUAGUUGCACACAAUCUGGCAAAGGCUGCCUUACACAUAGUUGAGGAAAAAGUUUGGAUAGAAAUUGUUCCAGAUUUUAUUGUAAAUAGUCUGGAUUAUGAUAGAAGAUGUAUGCAGGAUACUCAUAUGAAAGUAUGA